AUGUCGACAUCUAUUGAUGUUGGAGCAGCCACGGUUGUAGGGGUUGACCGGUUGAUCUUGUUCGGUCUCUACAUUCUCAUUCAAAAUCUUACGUCCACUUAUCAACUUCAUGUUUCUCUCUGCGAUUUCUUCAUCUCCUUUGGCACCAUUCAAUGCAGCCAUGCUGAGAAGAAGAAAGCAGAAGAACCAAACCUUCAUGUCUCUGUUAUGGGUUGUUGGUUGUUCCUUGGGUUGGUAUCAGAUGAAGUUGCUGCAUUAAAUGAUCUAGGUAAGUUUGAUUACAUGGAUCAUCUUGAAGGCCCUAACCGAAACAUCAAAGGUACACCACAACACGAAGCUCCUGAACUUGAACAAUCCAAGAAACAGAUGGAUCAAAAUGAAGGAAAGGUUGAUUACAUGGAUCACCCUGAAGGCCCUGACCAAAAGUUUAAAGGUGCACCACAACCUGAGGCUCCAGAACCUGAUCAAUCCCAGAAACAAAUGAAUCAAUCUGAAGGUGAUGUCGGCAACAUGGAUCACCCUGAAGGUCCUGACAAAAAAUUCAAAGGUGAGCCACAACGAGAGACUCCAGAACUUGAUCAAUCCAAGAAAGAAAAUAAUGAGUUAGAAGGUGUGGUCCGGGACAUGGAUCACCCACAGAGUCCUAAGCAAAAGUUCGAAGGUCCACCAACUCCAAAAUAUGAUCCAUCUAAAAAGCAAAAGAAUCCAAUGGAAGGUGAAGAUGAAUACAUAGAUCACCCUGAAGGUCCUGACCCAAAGCUCAAAGGUGUCCCACCACACUCAGAAUCUGAUCAAUCCAAGAAACAAAUGAAUCAAUCUGACAGUGAGGAUAUAUUAAAAAAUGCACCACAAUAUGAGGCCACAGAACCUGAUCAAUCCAAGAAACAAAUUAAUCAACCUGAAGGUGAGGUUGACUUCGUGAAUUCUCCGGAAGACCCUGACCAAAAGUUCAAAGAUACACCACAACCCGAGACUCCAAAUAUUGAUGAAUCUGAGAAGCCAAUCAAUCAAUCUGAAGCCAAAAGUAACCCAAAACCAGCCAUUAAAAGUGCAGAUGACAAAGGAAAACAAGGUUUGCAAACCACUGACAAAGAGGUCCCUCCUGAGCUAGGAGCUCAAAAAGUAGCAACUGAAGCGGAAGAUAAAGGUGAUGAAAUUGCACCAAAGAAGAAGCAUUUUUGGAGUAAUAAGCCAGCUAUUGGUGAUGCACCAAAGGCCUCUAUACCCAAAGAACCUAAAACAGACCCUUCAAAAGAGAGUGAUUUAACAGCUGCUCCUCAGGCCACCGUAGCCAAGCAACCUGAGAUGGACAUUCCUGAACAUAUCGAGGUUAAAGUUGACGAAGCUGACACAGAACCAGCGGAAGAAGUUGUUCCUACUGAAACUACACCACUUCUAAUACAUUUACUUGUGUCAAUUUUGUCUACAUUUCAGCUAGAGGAACUGAAAUCUGAACAAGUGGAUUGGUACACAAAGUUACUGGGUCAGAAGAAGAAUUUCAUUCUCCAUGCUUUUAUUGCAAUCCUAUCAUUCCUUAUUUUUGGAUUGGUGCCACCUGUGGUAUAUGGCUUUUCAUUUGGUGAGAGCGGUGACAAGGAUUUCAAGCUAGCUGCUGUUGCUGCAGCUUCUCUAUUAUGCAUCACUAUGCUUUCCAUUGCCAAAGCAUACAUCAAGAGACCAAACAGCUACUUAACAUACUUCAAAACAGUGCUUUACUAUGUCAGCACUGGUGCUGUGGCCUCACUGCUUUCUUACAUAGCUGGUGAUCUUGUGAAGAAACUCAUAGAAAAACUUGGAUGGUUUGAGUCAGCAUCAAGUUUUUCCUUGCAGAUUCCUGGGAUUGGUGUUCAACAACCCGGAUGGAGAUCAUACUGA